AUGGUCAUACCUGCUGGUACUCGAGCAUGGCUGCUGGUAAUCCCAUUGAUUCCAUCAAUCAUAGUGACUAUAUUCAAUCUUUAUCAUCUAUUGAAAGAUCAAGCACUGCGCACGGGUGUCAAUAAUCAUUUUAUUAUCUGUCUAUUACUUUGCAUACUUAUCGAAGAAUUGACCGACGUCGUCUGGAAUAUUUAUUUCAAUUUUACACAAAUGACAAUGAUAGCCACACCUAUGUUUUGUACCAUUUGGAUAUUCACUAGUUCAGUGCUCAUUGUCUCAAUUUAUCUGUUGAUGAUGUGGGGAGCAGUGGAACGAUAUAUUUUCAUAUUUCAUUCAGCUCAGUUUGCAACAAAAAUGAAACGUUUUUACUUUCAUUAUUUGCCUUUGAUCUUAUGUUUUCUCUGGCCUCUUCUUUACUACACAGUUCUAUUCCUUAUCGCAUCUUGUACCGUUCAAUUCGAUUAUCGUAUCAGACUCUGUAAUCGUUAUUCGUGUAUAACUCGUCUUCAUUGGGUAUCGUUAUGGGAUAGUUUCAUUCAUUUUCUAUUGCCGCCAUUCGUUGUUGUUAAUUUCAGUAUAAUACUUCUCAUUCGUGUGUUCUACCAGCGAUAUCGUAUUCGUCAACAAAUAGAUUGGAGAAACUACAAAAAAUUAGUAGGACAAUUAUUACCAAUCUCGUUUGUUUAUGUUGUAAUAGGCCUUCCACCAAUGAGUCUAUACGCUGCUUAUGCCAUUGGCCUAUCACGAAGUAUAGCAAUAGGCUAUUAUAGCGAUAGUAUGUUUUUCGCUUAUUGGAUUGUAUUGUUUACUCCGUUUGCAACGGUUGUGUCACUACCAGAUUUGCAGACCAAAUGCAAAAAUGCGAUUCUGUUCUGGCGAAGACGACGUAUUGUGUUUCCUGAAAUAAUGACAAUUACUCGGUUACGACAUCAACGUCGGACUGCAUUACCAGCAGUGUGCUAUAAGAUAACUUACAUCUCGUUUUCGCCUUUUCAAAUCAGUUUUGUAAAACUAAUAUCUAUUGACUCUUUUCUUAUGUAUUAUAUAUAA